UUCGGUAUUCCUCUGACAGAUAAUUCGCCUUCUCCGUGUGCUUCCGUGACAACUGGUGACCAGCCGGAACGCAUUGUCCCAUCAUUCAGCCCUGCAUCGGCCUCAACAUCUCCAUUGACAAACUCGUCAAUGCGACCUGUAUCCAACCCUUCCAAUCAACGGAACUCUUUUUCCAACGAGUCCUCUCCUCCAAACACCGUAGAGCGUGCUUCUGGUCCGGCAUCAACGAUCAAGAACACUAGUCCCAAUACACAACCACACAUGUCACAUUCCAUGUGCUCCUCUCCGAACAACGUUCCCGUGAAU